CUGCAAAAUGAUGGCUUUGUAUGUCAAAGUCUGUGACGCACAAGUGUAGUCUCGAAAGGAUUCUUCCACAUUAUUCAGCUUGAUCAUGGCUCAACACCUGCUGAUAGUCGUCCUCAUGUAUUCAUUUUCUGAGAUGAAAGCACAAGCUCUUCUUCCACCUAAACUGACAGUGACUCCAGCGGUGAUCACAGAAACUGAAACGGUCAUGUUGAACUGUCAGACUCCACCAUCUCUCUCUUUGUCUCAGUGUUAUUUUCGCACUGAAAGAGGAAAACCUGUCAAAAGCUUCUCUUGUCUAAAGACAUUGACAGGGACUGAGCUGCUGGAGAUGACACGUCAGAAUUCACCUGCUCAGGUCAAAGUGACAUGUUUUUACCUUUACGUGUCUGAAUCUCCUGAAAGUGACAUGUCCUCCAUCAUCAUUCGAACAUCUCUUCCACCUACACUGACAGUGUAUCCGGCGGUGAUCAACGACACAGACUCAGUCACUCUGAACUGUCAGACUCCAUCAACUGUUUCUGUGUCUCAGUGUUAUUUCUACACUUUGAGUGGAAAAGCUGCCAGAGAGCUACCAUGUCUGAAGACACUGACAGCGACUGAGCUGCUGAAGACGGCACAUCUGAGUUCACCUGCUGAGGUUCAAUUGACGUGUUUUUACAACGUAAUGGUUGGAGGGUUUUAUUAUCCAUCUCCACACAGUGGCACAUCCUCCAUCACCAUACACAGUCAUAAACCAAAGAUGAGUGGAGAAUAUUUUCCUGGGGACUCUGUUGUCUUCGUUUGCAUUCUGCCUGGAUUUGCGAAUGAAAACACUAGAUGUAACCUGUACUUUGGAGAAGCAACUCAUCCAGAGCUAACAAGAAAAACAAUGAAGAAAAUGAACUCCAAAAAUCAAUGGUUCUGCCACUUUACUCUUAAAAUGAAUGAAUUGCUGAGAAGUCUUCGUACAGUUCAACAAAGUGAUGCCAGCUGUGAUUACAGUUUGGGAAGUGACCCCAACUCUUUGUCCCCUCGCAGUGAUCGAUACAGUCUGACUGAUAUUGUGGAAAAAGAGCCACACGUGACGCCAGCUAUGCCAACACUAAUGAUGACCACAGAUCUGACUGUUAGCAGCCCUCGUGCUUUCACUACUGGACCUCCCGUGACAUUAGGGUGGACUGUUACAACACCACACAGCACUGGUAGUUUUUCUACUUCAGCAAAAACAGAAUCAGACACCAGUAUGACUCUUAUGACCCCAGAAUCUAGUGAUGGAACAACAGGGUCGAGUGUUAGCACGACUGACGCUGCAACCCCUCAGAGAAUAGCUUUAGCAGAAACGAUAUGGAGAUCUGUCGCAGUUGUGACUGGUUGUGGAAUAAUUAUGGGUGUCAUCUUGCUGGUUUCUGCGGUUCUCUGCAACAAAAAAAGAACAGCAGGUCCUGUGGGAGUGAAAAGGCAAGAACCUCAAAAAGAGACUAAUGACUUAUACCAUUUGUACUCCACCAUUGCUGAAGAGCCAGCCGCAUCAGACCUGAAGGGUGUAACGUACAGCACAGUGCAGUCACACUGAAACUGUUUCAUAUGUAAUAGAGGAAGAGAAGCAGACAGCCAAAAUAACUGUAACUGAAAUCUAAACCUUGUUUUUGAAGUUGACUUGUAUAAUCCAGAAUAAGGAUACUGUAAUGUCAUUCAUUUAUUCAUUCAUAACCGCUUGUCCUCGUAAGGGUCGCGGAGGUGCUGGAGCCAAUCCCAGCUGUCAUCGGGUGGAAGGCGGGGUACACCCUGGACAGGUCGCCAGACUAUCACAGGGCGAUACUGUAAUGUGUUUUCCUUAAACUUUUAACAGACCUUUCCAAGUUUUACAACUAUAUCCAAUUUUCAAGUUGAGGUUUAUGAUGUACAAAGCACAGCAUGGGUGCCAAACUGCCUUUUAAUUGUAUUUAAUUGUAUUGUAAUUGAAGAUCAAGAUUUAAAAAUGUAUUUAGUUUUACUCUUAUAUUUUAUGACUAAAGCAAACUUUUACUCAA